AUGUUUUUAACUAUUUCAUACAUCAUCAUAAUAAAAAGUGAUGGUGGAGAUCGUUUAAUUAAAGAUUUGUACGGUUGGACAUCAGAGGCGGCUGGUGUUUCUCAGAGAAGUGUUCAACGAGUUGUCUGUGAAGUACGCAAUCAAGUUAUAGCGGCUGUUAAAGCGUCAACAUCACAGCAAUCUCCCUCAGGAGAAGGAGAUCCACCAGCAUCCAAAACAUUGGUGCCUCAAGUUACUUUUAGAACACCGGGUAAAAAGCGACCAAGGUUAGCAAAAAAAUCUUCAAACUAA